AUGGGCUACCAGCAACUCAUUCAAACUAUCUUACUGGGGUUGCGAGAUCGUUCCAAUGUACCUGGCAUGGACCGAGAGAGACCAUGGCUCAACCUAGGGAAACUACUGUCCUGCAGGCAUCAGCUUAUUCUGGAAGAGAUACCAGACUGGAACACUGUACAGCUGGUGGUCAAUGGGGAGAUGGUAUUUCGCUGCAACAUCAAUGACCUGGAUUUUGGAGGUGAUGGCAAGUUGGAUCCACUUUGUGAAGAAGCCAGAAAAGCAGUGUUAAACGCAUACUAA